GAGCAAUAUUAAACAAAGAGUGUUAAUGUGGUCAUAUUUUCAAUAUUGACGCGUGGGUUUAUGUUCAGGUUGGCUUCAUAUAAAAAGCCCUAUUUGACGUUUUAUCCUGCCAGGUGCUGCAAGAAUUCAACGCUACAGGACUAAAGAUGCAGCAGACACGAUUGCGUUAUCUCUUGUUCGUCAUCACACUGGUGAUCUCUUUGUGCCUUGUUACAUCUGACAACUUUAUACAACCAGAAGAGGAACACUAUCUAACAAAGGAACUACGUGACUACGCCUCAGAUCUUAUUUUGAAGAAGAUGCGCUUCAGAGAUGUGGAUGGUGCAAACGAGUAUAAAAUAACACGGAAGCGGGCACAGGAAAGACUUGUCACCAAUUUAGCGGCUCUUCUAUCUCACCUUAGACAACGGCAGGCAGAAUCAAAUCAAAUGCGCAUGCCCAGUCUCAGAUUUGGCAAAUAAUCCAAUGGCCACACUCGAACAUUCAAAACCAGCGUCUUGCGGGUUUUAUUUUAGAUGUUAGAUUGUCAUUCUGUUUCACACUGGAUUUGCGUGCUCGGUUCGCAGAAGAAAGGGAAUUAAAAUUAUUUUCUGAC